UGCUGAAUGAACAGCUCCUCUGCUCAUAAAGUAAUCAGAGAGCUCCUCUGCUCCUCCGUCAGAACGAGCCAUGAGACAGCCGAGCUCCCCGUCCUCCAGACCCGCGCCUACUCACCGCCCGUCCCUCUGACUCUCACCACGGCACCAUGAAGAGGCAAAACGUGCGGACCCUCGCGCUUAUCAUCUGCACCUUCACCUACCUGAUCGUCGGAGCGGCGAUCUUUGGCGCGCUGGAGUCCCAGGAGGAGACGGACCAGUUGAGCAAGCUGGACCUGCGCAAAAGGGAGCUGCUCAGCACCUUCAACCUGUCCUCGAAGGACUUUGACGAGCUGGAGACGGUGGUGUUGCAGCUCAAGCCGCACAAAGCUGGGGUGCAGUGGAAAUUCGCCGGCUCGUUUUACUUCGCCAUCACUGUGAUCACCACCAUAGGAUACGGUCAUGCUGCGCCCAGCACAAAUGGAGGGAAAGUGUUCUGCAUGCUCUACGCCCUCCUGGGUAUCCCUCUCACCUUGGUGAUGUUCCAGAGCGUGGGUGAACGGAUCAACACCUUUGUCAGGUACCUGCUCCACCGUUUAAAGAAGCGCAUUGGAAUGAGGCGCACCGAGGUCUCCAUGGCCAACAUGGUGUCCAUCGGCUUCAUAUCCUGCAUGAGCACACUGUGCGUGGGAGCCCUGGCCUUCUCGCACUUUGAGGAAUGGAGCUUCUUCCACGCUUACUACUACUGCUUCAUCACGCUCACCACUAUCGGCUUUGGGGACUAUGUGGCACUACAGAAGGGCCAAGCGCUGCAGACUCAGCCAGAUUACGUGGCCUUCAGCUUCAUCUACAUCCUGACUGGUCUGGCUGUGAUUGGAGCCUUCCUCAACUUAGCUGUGCUGAGGUUCAUGACCAUGAACGCUGAGGACGAGAAAAGAGAUGCCGAGCAGAGGGCUCUUCUGGCACAUAACGGUCAGGCUGGGGGUCACCUCCACUGCUCUGUAGACCCAGCCUCCACCUCCUCCACGCCGUCUGGGUGUGGCGGAGGAAGUGGGGUUGGAGGCAGCGGGGGAGGGGCGGCAAGCAGGGGUCUGCGGAAUGUUUACGCUGAAGUUCUGCACUUCCAGUCCAUGUGCUCCUGCCUUUGGUACAAGAGUCGAGAGAAGCUGCAAUACUCCAUACCCAUGAUCAUUCCGCGUGACCUCUCGAACUCUGAUUCCUACAUGGAGCAGGGGGAGGCCUUUUCCAACCCCCUGCACUCUAAUGGCUGUGUGUGUAGCUUGCAGCGCCACUCGGGCAUUAGCUCUGUUUCCACUGGUCUGCAAAGCAUCAGCACCUACAGGAGACUCAAUAAACGCAGAAUGUCCAUCUAAACCAAGUGGAUUUCAUGCUUUUCUGUCAAGUCCUACUUGUAUUCAACCAUGUGGUGAAGCAAGACUCCUGAUGUUUGCUUAAUUUUGGCACUGAUGAGCCUGCAGGAGGCAGCCAUGUUAUAAACUUCUACUAGCUCAGCACAAACUGGACUGACAAAGGACUGACGUCAUUACUAACAGUAUGUGUCUGAGGAGUCAUGGCAAUGCUUUAGAAGAGGCAUUUGCUUCACAAACUCUGUAACUAUUACAGUUAAAAUACAUACAGGAAAAACUACAAGAAGCUAUGUGCAUCUCUGAAUUCUAAUAUCAAACACCCCAAUGUUGAUUCAGUGAUUUUCCUGUUGAUACAACAAAUAAAAAGGGACAAAGUACACUGUGAGAUGUUUUUGAGACAGAUUGGGGUUGUAUAUUGUAUAUAAUGCCCCACUAAGAGAUAUUUUAUUGAAUAUUCUUAAAUCCACUUCCUUUCCUUUAAGGACUCUUUGCUUGUAAGUGCUAGACCCACUUCAGCAAACAAAAAUGUGUUUAUUUGACCACUUCUCUUCAAGCAGGUAUUAAGGGAAAGCCUAUUUUUUCAGUGAAAGUUUAAAAUAUAUCUCUUUUCAUUUCUGUAACUGAGGUUCAGGUUCAAACUGAACCUUUUGAUGUGGUUCAUCUUCUGUCUAUUUAAUGAAAGUCAUAUUGACAACAUUGUAACAGUCUGAUUGUGUUGAUCGAGAUGGACUGAGCAGGUUUGGCCCAGAUGUCUACUUAAAGGAUAGAAAGCUUCGGAGGGAUUGGUGGGACUGAACUUUUGACACUGUCUCUAACCACUAGGACUCCUUUUUAAACCCUGUCAGACCUCACUGUUGUAUUUUGUAAAUCACAAUGAUUUUUUUAAUAGUUACUUUAACUACAUCUGUUUUAUUUACUUGCUUUCACAUAUACUUUGUACAAAGAAGUAGACGUAGCUAAAAAAAAAAAAGAAAGAAGCUAUAUUAUUUUUAAAGCCUGAAGUUAGAAAGUCUGGCUGCCGCCAUCUUUUUUGGGGGCUCCAGAAGUUAUCACCUUUUGAAGAGAUGGCAAAGUUAGCAAACAUUACUGUAGAAGCUAGCCCAGGGAGUGCCGGUUUGGCCCAGUGAUGAAGUCAUGUGCCCCAUAUUUAUUUCUCUUUAUUUAAACUCGAAAAUCAAUCAUAUACAGAGGCCAUGAUCCUCAAAGGGGUUCGAUUUCAACCUGCAGCCCCUCCCCGCGUGCAACAUCGUUCUCUCUUCUGCUCUAUCCACUGUCAUAUCCUCUCUAAAUCAAGGCAUCAAGCCAAAAAUUUUUUCUAUAUAUAUAUUUAAAGAGAAGCUAACUCAUAUCUGUAUCUGAUAUGCUAGGUAACAGAUACAGCAGUUUACCAGCUAAUGCUAGGUCUAGCUUGGUUUUCAAGAUCAUGUCAUCUGAAUUUAGAGUAACUGAUUUAAACUGGCCGACUUACUUCUGCUAGCCAAAAGCAAACUUUCAACAAAAUGUACGUACCAAAACAGAAAAACAACAGACACAACAGAGUGACUGUUUGGACCUAAACCUGAGUGCUAAACAAAGCAUUUUUGAAGUGACCUUGCUAACAACAGGACAGUCACAUCAUAGCAGUCAAGGUCAUCAUACAUUUAACUUAAUUCAACAAUUUUGACCACAAUUUUAUUGGCAGAACAUUAACUCUCCUGUUACGUUCGUUUCCCUGGAACAGUAAGAAUGUUCCUGGGUCAACUUGACCCAGGUCAUAUUUAAUUAAUUUAAUUAUCCAAAAGUGUCAGAACCCAAAACAAUCCCAAUAAACAUUUUUUAAUCUCAUUUUGAACUCAUUACUAACCAUUUAAAUCAAUAUUUAGUGCAAUGGUGUUCUUUAAUUCUCAUAGAUCAAAGUUCAGUGAGGAUAACUCACUCGUUUUUUUUCUGAAAAUUCAUGAUGAAACUCUUUUUUAAUGUACAUUGGAAAGCCAUAAAUAUAUAUACAGUAGUUUUACAUGACAUAGAUUUUUCGUUUAUUCUAUUUUACAUUUUGAAUUUUUUGAAUUUUAUUAAUUUCUUUUUAGAUUUUUUAACUUUAAAAUGGGUCAAUUUGAAUCAGGUUAGAAUUUGAACACAAUACAAAAGAGCAGUUUAGUCACCCACUGCUGGUCAAUGGUAAGGAUUCAGGCUAAAGGCACUUCCACAUUGGUUUCACUUUGUAGACCAGGAUACGUCUGCUUCUUUUACACUGUCAAUUUAUUGUUAGUCGGAGGUUUCGUUCGAGCUCAUCUAUACUUUUAUAGUUUAACUUUGAGCAUGAAAGCUCACCAUAGUAGAGAUUCAUAUCAUACUCACUGCUGCACCUUAGAAAUCUGUUGUGUGUGCUUUAGGACACUGGACUUCAGUGAACUAUUUUAUUUUAUUUUUUAUUUAAAGAAAUCACUGUUUGUUUAAUUUUGUAUAUUAUACUCACUAUAUAAUUCUUACUUGUGUUAGCAGUGUGAUAUGUUUGUCUAGUGUUAUUAAUUAUUGACAGUAGAUGCAGUAAACUGACUGAUACAUAGCCUCAGAGUUCGCACCUCAUGCACUUAGGGGGUCCUUGCUCCAGCCCCAAACACACUUGAUUCAGCCAACUGAGGUCUUUAUGCAGGUUUUGCUCUUGUUUUAGACCUUGUGAAGGAGUUCUCGUAUAUAGUCUUUGUUUAAUUUAUUUUUGUAUUUAAUUUUAGUAUGUUUGUCUCAACAUUUUAGUCAUAUUAAAUCCAUUAAAGUCACAUUCAUUUUAUUUUUUUCCACUGGAACAUUUGUAUUCAUUGCAACAUGCCUGUUAACAUUGUUCAUCAUCCUUCAUGAACUGAAGAGGGACUGCAGUCGACCAUGUGUGUGUCUAUACAUUUAACAUGUUUUUUUCCUUUAGUCAUAAUAAAAUAUUAUUUAAUUCAGCAAAAAUGUA